CUCCCGCUGACCCCACAAACCCUGGGGGGAGACGAGAGGAUUAAGGGUUUAUAAAAGAUACAUACACUGGAAUAAAAUUAACUUUUUCAACGAGGAUUAACGCUUGAUAGAGUUGUUCGUGCUGUUGUCAAGUGGGAUUCAGGAUUUCGGUAUUUUCUGAGGUGUUUUUUAUCCUUUUUCUGGGUGUCGUGGUGAAGGAUGGAUAAAAUGCGGCCUAGCGGCGGAGCGGGUGGCCACCUCGGGCUCGCCUCGCUCUUUCCGCCGGGUCUGCAGGCUAUUUACGCGGAGUGUCGGCGCCUGUAUCCCGAUCAGCCAAACCCGCUUCAAGUCACUGCCAUCGUUAAGUACUGGUUAGGGGGACCGGAUCCUUUAGACUACAUAAGUAUGUACAGGAACGUGGGAUGUCCUGCUCUGGAUGUACAGGAACACUGGCAUUAUGUGAGUCUCGGCCUGAGUGAUCUGUACGGAGACAACAGAGUUCACGAAUUCACUGGUCAAGAAGGUCCAAGCGGAUUUGGAUUUGAGCUUACGUUUAGGUUAAAGAGGGAGGCAGGAGAGACCGCUCCUCCAACCUGGCCAGCUGAGCUUAUGCAAGGUUUGGCUCGAUACGUCUUUCAAUCAGAAAACACAUUCUGCAGUGGUGACCACAUUUCAUGGCACAGCCCAUUAGAUAACAGCGAGUCCAGAAUCCAGCACAUGCUGCUCACAGAGGACCCCCAGAUGCAACCUGUACAAACACCAUUUGGUCUGGUCAGCUUCCUUCAAAUUGUUGGGGUAUGCACAGAAGAGCUGCAGGCAGCACAGCAGUGGAAUGGUCAGGGCAUUUUGGACCUGCUGCGUGGAGUGCGUGUUGCCGGAGGUCCGUGGUUAAUCACUGACAUGAGGAGAGGGGAGACUAUAUUUGACAUUGAUCCUCACUUACAACAGGAGAGGGUGGAUAAAGGCAUCGAAACAGACGGCUCCAACCUGAGCGGAGUCAGUGCCAAGUGUGCAUGGGAUGACCUGAGUCGACCUCCCGAGGAUGAGGACGACAGCCGCAGCAUCUGCAUUGGAUCGCAGCCACGCAGGCUGUCUGAGAAAGACACUGAACAGAUCAGGGAAGCCCUAAGGAAAGGACUGGAGAUUAACAGCAAGUCAAUCUUACCCCCCAUUAACAGUCAGAGACCUCACCAAGACCGGCCACUACAAUCAGUCGGACAUUUGCAGAGCAAGCAGAACUCAAGAAGCCGUAAGGACAGUCUGGAAAGUGAGAGCUCAUCUGCUAUCGUUCCCCAUGAGCUGGUGAGGACACGACAGCUGGAGAGUGUGCACCUCAAGUUCAAUCAGGAGUCUGGAACUCUGCUCCCACUGUGCCUCAGAGGACGUAUCCUCCAUGGGCGGCACUUCACAUAUAAAAGUAUCAAUGGUGACACAGCAAUCACUUUUGUAUCCACUGGAGUAGAGGGUGCUUUCGCAACAGAAGAGCACCCCUACGCUGCUCAUGGGCCGUGGCUACAGAUCCUUCUCACUGAAGAGUUUGUGGAGCACAUGCUAGGCGACCUUCAAGAUCUGAGUAUUCGUGACGAGUUCAAGCUACCAAAGGAAUACAGCUGGCCUGAUAAGAAGCUAAAGAUUUCUAUCCUGCCAGAUACAGUGUUUGACAGCCCGCUGCAAUAAGACUGAGAAGCUGCAUCUUCCCCCACGUCUCUAGAGGAGUGCAGAGCCGCCCGGGCUCCAUAGAGACUCAUGCUUAUACACAGUUGGAGGAAAUGGACACGUAGACACUUGACUCCCUCUCAGACAGCUGUUGGCACAAGACACUGAAUAUGCCUUUUUUCACAAAGUAUUAACUCUGUCCUUACAUUUAACCUUAAGAUAUUUCUGCUGAAUUCAUUUUGACCAAACUCCCUCUAAAUGUUCAUUUUCCAAAGUCUGCCUGUGUGCCUGCAGCAUGUGUAAGGAAAAAAAAGUUUUUGAAUACUUUUUUUUUUUUUUUUAAUAUUCAACAUAAAAGGGCUUUCUGUGAUGCUGUGAUGUACAUUAACACAGACUGAUGUUUACAUCAUGCUGAAGAAUGACUAUCCUAAAUCUAAACAAUGCUAGUUGCAUUUAUGGGAGAACAAACAUGGAAGAGCUAAAAACAUAUUUUAUUAUUAUCGUUAUUAUUUUAUAUUAAUGGGGUCAGAAAAUGAUAGUUUUUUUAUAAGGGGUUGGAUGAAACCAUUGUUACACAUGUUAAAAGUUGGGCAUAGCAAAUUCAUAGCAUCCCCAAAUGUUUUCUCUGCCACAAGGAAGUAAGAUGCAAGUCUGCUUAACAUUUGCUUUGAAUAAGAAAGCAUUAUUUUAAAUGUUCAUUGUGUACAAAAAUAUUGAUUAUACCAAAGGUGUACUUCCUGAAAAAUCAAAUCAUUUGCAGCUCUAGAAAGAACUAAAUAAGAGCUAUACUGCCCUUAACAUGAAAUUGUCAUGAGUUGUUAGUACUUUACUGCAUUAUUCAAAAAUGUACACAUUCAUCACUAAGUCUUGUUAAGAUUUUUUACUAGCUAGAGUAAACUUUUUACCAGCAAAACUGUAACAAACUGCUUCUCGUGCAGUCACGCUGUAAUGAAUCCACCUUUUAUAUCAUGAGCUAGUGAAGUGUUUAUAGCUAGCUCUCAAAUUAAAUACACUAGUGCCUUUUUAAAACUGUGAUCAACACUAUUUGAUGCAAAUUGCUAAUCUAUACCAAAGCCAGUAUUUAAUUUGCAUUCUCGUGUACUGGAUGUAGGAGAUUAAAAGCUCAUGUUAUGUCCUCCCUUUUUUAACCAUUAAAGUACAAUGGUUAACAUUUCCA